AUCACCGGGGUAUCCAUCAAACUACGACAUCAACCUUAACCUCCAGUGGACUGUGUUAGCACCCUCUGACUACCGUGUCAUGAUCUCCGUAACAGACUUCAGGUCGGAGGCUGGCUAUGAUUACCUCCACAUUGGUGGGGGAUUGACCUUUGACCCUGAUACGUGGAUGGUGCGGUUCUCUGGGACUUAUGACUCACAUAUGGAGGUUCUACUACCAGGGAGAGAAGCUUGGAUUUUGUUUUUUCAGCGAUUACAUUACUACGAAUGUAGGAUUCGUUCUUGAAAUUACAACUUCUAGUGAAGCAGCCGGUGAAUGUGGAGCAUCUUUUAUCUCCUGUCUAAAGAGAGAUGUCUGUAUUUCCAACUCGACUUCCUGUGAUGGGUCGCCUAUAUGCUUUAAUGGAUAUGAUGAGUGGAAUUGUGACCCAAGCUGUCCUUCUUCUGAUAUUCAGACAAUUCCCACUUCAAUGCCCUACUCUGUCAUUUCUGACAACUACCCAUUAGCCUACGGCAACAACAUUGAGUGCAUAUGGGUACUCCAAGCAGAGGCUUACCACUCCCUCGUCAUCGACAUCCAAAACUUCUAUUUGGAAGAUGGCUACGACUUCUUCUACAUCGGGAUUGGCCACGAUCGAUCAGAGCCGGGUUCACUUGUCGUAAGGCUGACCGGAUAUAUUGCAUCAACAAGAUACUAUCUUGGGAUCGAGUCAUAUCUGUAUUUUUAUACUGAUUACUCAAUUGGAUACUCUGGGUUCGUUCUAAAUGUGACAUCCAUUCCAUUUGAAUUAACUGAGUCUUGUAAUGCAGACCAAAGAGUUCCAGUGGGAUCUGCUUGUGAUGGAGUUACUGAUUGUGUUGAUGAUUCAGAUGAAUUUGGAUGCGUGUGCCAAGACGAUCAAUUUCAGUGCAAUGGGAUUUGUCGCCCUCUUUCAAUCCUCUGUGAUGGAGUGAUAGAUUGCGAGGGUUUUUCAGAUGAGGAGGACUGUCCACGCUGUGAGCCAAUCAAGGAAAGCUCCUGCCUUGGACUCCUUCCAUACAAUCAGACCUACUACCCUAGCAGUCUGGCAGACAUCAACCAGACACUUGCUAUUGAAAGUUUCAGUGUAUUAAGCGCUGCUGCCACCACCUGCCACACUGAUGCAUCUCUCUUCCUCUGUGCUGUCCUCUUCCCGGAAUGCAUCCACGAUGGGCCCACGGCCAGACCGUGCCAAACCACAUGUGAAGCUGUCAGGAGUGCAUGCUCGUCUGCUUUUGAGAGCUUGACUGGGUCUCCAUGGGCGAUUGCUUGCGAGGAGGAGUUCAGCAACGCUAGUCCUCUCAACGAGGGUUCUCUUGCUGAUGGUUUGCUCUGCAGAGGGCCAGAAGGAGACAUCACCAACACCAUGAUCUGUGGCACCAGGCCGGUCUUCAAUGAAACAGUUGAGAGGAUCGUUGGAGGCGAGGGCUCCAACCUAGGAGAGUGGCCUUGGAUUGGAUCACUAAGCCGGGGUGCUACCAAUCAUCAAUGCGGGGCAACCGUCAUCAGCAGAGAAUGGGCUAUUACUGCAGCACACUGUGUUGGAGCUUUUGACACCAUCACCGUCGGUAUCAGCAUCUUGAACGGCAACACAUCUUACCAACACACAUCAUCGUUGGAGAUUACGUCUCAUCCAAACUUCACUAGCACUUCUGGUGGUGAUGACAUCGCUGUGCUCAAACUUGUGGAUCCCAUACCCGCGUUUAGUGAUUUCCUCAGACCCGCCUGCCUGGCCACGGUCGGGGAUGAGAUUAAUAACUAUAGGACUUGCUACAUAGCAGGGUGGGGUGACACGACAGAGGGUGGAUCCAUUUCCAAUGACCUUCAGCAGGCCGUUGUAGGACUAAUACCAGAUGAGUAUUGUGGCAGUGCCUACAGGAGCUUCAGGGCCGACUCCAUGAUAUGUGCUGGCUAUCAGGCCGGUGGCGUUGAUACAUGUCAAGGUGAUAGCGGAGGUCCAUUGAUGUGUGAAGGUGAAGACGGGAGGUGGCAUCUUGUCGGCAUCACAAGCUUUGGCGACGGGUGUGCACGUCCCAAUAAGCCAGGAAUAUAUACCAGGGUCUCUCAAUUCAUCGAUUUCAUCAACUCAGUAGUUGGUCAGCAAGAUUUUUUGUAAUAGUGCAUUAGCUCCAUAAUAUAAUAAUAUUCAUUUUUUUUUAAAGGCUGCACUAAGUUUGCAGCUCUGUUAAAUUACCUAAAAAUGAAACAUAUAUUUAAACAAAAAAUAAUCUUGUAAAUAAAUGCCGGGGGGGGGGGGGGUUCUGAAAGUAUCUGUGCAUAACAAAGCCCCCUAUGCAUACUCGCUUAUUUGUCUGUUAAAAGGUGUAGAAAUGUGAAAGGCACUUCACAUAGAUCAAUUAUUUAUUUCCAAAAUGCAAAAUUCAUUUAUGCAACGUAUACAAUGUUUUUAUGUAAGUAAAUUCAUACAAAAUUGAAUUAUUUUUAACAAACUAUUAAACAUAUAUAUAUAUAUAUAUUUACACUAAUUUGAAUGGUAUUUUUUAAACUACAACAAAAGAAUAUAAAUGAAUUUGUAGAACAUUAUACUUUUAUAUACAUUUUUAAAUUACUAGAAUUACUAGGAGAACUAUUGAUAUAGCUUAUGAGAAUUUGAAUUGUUAGUAUAAGGGAGUUUACAGAUAGCACAUGGUACAAAUGA